AUGGAUAAAGAUUACUCUGAUUAGUUGAAUGUUAAAAAUAAUAUGAAAAUGAACCAAAAUUACAUUGUGGACCUGAUUUCCAAAGCCAACCAAACAGUUAGAUCUCUAAAUUUAAAAUUAAAGAGGAAAUAAAUGAAAGACAAAAUAGAUAAAGAGUACUUUAACGUGUUGAAUGGCAAAAUAAAUUUUGAGAUUAAUGAUAAAGAUUAUAUUAAUUUGAUUACAGCAAAAGCUACUCAAACAUGUAGACCUUUAACUUUGAAGUUAAGAAUGAAAUAAAUGAAAGCUAAAAUGGAGGAAGAAAUUAUUGUAAACUUGUUAUUUGAUUAGUAGAUUUCCAAAUUGAAACAUGAAAGCAAUUAACAACAAUAAAACAAUGAUGAUUAUUACAAGAAUAUCUUCUUUUUGCAUAAAAAGAGGAGAAGUAAAUUAAACAACAAAUCCAUGUACCAUAACAGUGAAGCACAAAGUCCCCUAACAUAAAGAAACUUCACUCAAUACUCACCUAAAAGAUAGGCAUAAUAAUUUAAUAAAACAAUGUUGCCCUCCUCUCCAAUCAUAUAGACUCAUAGAAUGAAAGUGCAAAAAUAUUAGGAUUACUUAAAACUCAACCAAUAGAUCAUGAAACAUAAAGGGUAGUUGAAUGAACAGAUUUUGAAUCUCUUGGAAGAAAAAGUUCACAUAGCAAAAUCAUUUAAAUAAUCAUGCACUAAGUUGGGAGUAGAAUCUUAUGAACAAACUUUGAAAACAAUUCAAGUCCUCAAAUAAAACAUUACCUAAAAGGUCAUAAAGGAAUGUAACACUGUAUAUGAGGAAAGAUAGAACCAUAAGUUGAACAUUCUUGAAAAAACCUAUACAUAUUUUUUAAAGGUCUUGGAUGUAAUUUAACAAAUGGAUGAUUAAAUAGACUAAUAUAUGUUGAACUAUAAAUUCAAAAACCAAUUGAAUGAUAAGAGCUCUAUUCUUGAAGAUAUAAAUUAGAUGAGAGAUGAUGCAUAUAAUGAAAAAGUACGAACUUUUAGUAAAUAUCAUGAUAUAGAUCAAGAAAAGAAGAGGGAUAGAUAAAAACUUAAUAAAGUUAAAGCGUAUUUUUGA